AUGUUGUCAUGUCUCGCGCGACCGCGUCUAGGGCGCGUGACCACGUCCAUCGCACGAGCACAUAGCAAACGUCCCAUCUCAACGAAGAACUUGUCUUCAAACUGGAAAAUUUACAUCGCGACAGCCGGUUUGGUCAGCAUGCCCGGCAUGUGGUGGUUGACCGCUACAAGGGAUGAGGUGCCCCGGCUCGAGAGUCCACCAGCAGAGCACUUGGCCCCUGAGCCAGGCCCCUCCAAAGAGGAUGUCACGCGUAUGAUAUCGAAAGAAGCGUACUCCUUCCAGGUCACAGACAUUACGGGCGUCCAAAGAUACGAUGGCGCUCAAUUGGCUUCCAAUAGCCCGUGCGAGGACCGGUUUAUUCAUGGCAAACUUUCUUCACCGUGGAAUGAUGAUCAGUGGAUCUCCUGGGCUGUUUUUGAUGGACAUUCAGGUUGGCAGACGGCGGAUCUGUUGACGAAGCAACUCCUGCCUUUUGUGUGGCGCAGAUUGUCCGAAGCUAAACCAUUUUCAGACGACGAGUCUAUCCAGCGAGCUAUCAUAAAAGGAUUCGUUGACCUCGAUGACUCCAUCAUCAAGACAGCACGGGACACAUCUAAGAGCAAAGAAUCAUUCCAAGACAAGAUUAAGAAACUGGCUCCUGCUUACGCUGGUUCAUGCGCGUUGUUAUCUUUAUAUGAUCCUAUCACAAGCACGCUGCACGUUGCGUGUACCGGCGACUCGAGAGCGGUUCUAGGACAGAAAGGACUAGACGGCAAGUGGGAAGCAAUUCCCUUGUCAAUCGACCAAACUGGCAGCAACGAAGAAGAGAUCACCCGCAUUUCUAAGGAGCACCCUGGCGAGGAAAACAUAGCCAAAGGAGGACGGGUGCUUGGGCUUAUGGUCUCACGAGCGUUUGGUGACAGUCUGUGGAAGUGGCCUCUGGAUUUGCAGAAGGAAAUGAAGCGGAAAUUCAAUGGUCCAGCACCCCUAACGCCACGAUACGAUGUUCGCACACCCCCAUACUUGACUGCCGAGCCGGUUGUGAUAAGCACUAAGAUCGAUCCUAACAAACCCUCGUUCUUGAUUAUGGCAACGGAUGGGUUAUGGGAUUAUCUCUCCAAUAAGCAGGGUGUCGACUUAGUAGGGAACUGGUUGGAACCACAAGGGGCGGCGGAGAAAAAGAGCAAACCAGAGCCAACAGAUCGAGAAUUUGACUUUGGCAGAUUCUGGAAAGAUGUGAACUGGAAGUUUGAGGAAGAGAGAACAACAACCCAAGAUGACAAUGCUGCAGUACAUCUCUUGCGCAACUCCCUUGGUGGAAAUCACCACGAGUUGAUAGCAGGCCGGCUUGCCUUUGGCCCUCCUUUCUCUCGACGGAUACGGGAUGAUAUUACUGUGCAAGUCGUUUUCUUUAAUAAGGAGAAGUAA